GCAAUGUUUGUUUUUGAAUGAAUUUUCUCGAAAAUCAAAACUCUACUCUAUAGUCAGAGUACAAUUUGUUGUAACAAAGAAUGAUUUACGACUUCGUUGAACAAGACUCAGUGGAUCAAGAUCUAAACAACUUUGUGUCCACUUACAUCACGAGAAAUCGAUCGACCAGUGCCCGAAACUCGACGAUUGAUUUAUCGUUUGACGUUUCUUUUCACAACUCAAAGCAAAGAAAAAUGCAAAGAAAAACGCCAGAAGCCGCUUUUCGUACACCAAUGCAAAGAAAGACGCCAGACCAAAAAGUGAAACGAAAUCAGAGUGGUAAUUAUGAAGAAGAUAUCAGGAGUGAGGCUGAAGCCUCACAAAGGAAGUCAAACAGACUGGAGGGUAAAGGUCAUCCUUACUCAACUGCUGUAAGGCAGGAAAAGAACAGCGCGCAUGUUGGAGUGUCGGCAUCGCCUGUCAUAAGUGCUAGCAGUGGAAACAAAGGUCAGAACAGUGAGAGCGAGUUGUUCUUCUAUCUUGAACCCCCCAGUGAAGCAUCACAAGGCUUCCAGGAGUUGCGCCGCCGUGUUGGUCCCCACCUGGACCAUAUGUUUGCAGAUGAGACACAGCAGUCAACAGACGGAAACGAAAUUAGAUGCCAGAGCGAGACACCAGUAGAUGCUGAUAAAGAACAGUCAUUUGAAACUGCACGCACUCAUACAUCUACAACUUGUUCUCCUAUAGCAAAUAAUGAGAACAGAAGUGAUGGAAAAUGGGCAGACAAAGGAGCGGUGGUGGUUUGUGAUUUAAUGGACUUGGAGUCUGCCAUGUGUACAGAAGAUUUGGUUCCAGUCUUUACCAGUACCCAAGAGGAACAGACUGGAAGUUGUAACAGCAGCAGAAAUAGUCAUAGACAUAAUACCAGAAAUAGCGUGAAAAAUACGAAGAGAAAUUCCGCUCUAGAUUCGCAGACGGAAAAUGUAAAUGAAGAGGACGAACAGGAGAGCCUUUUGUGUAUAAUGGAAAAUCGUAGUGUGCAGACCGAUCCAGUUGAUCAAGUUUCUCGUGAUACCUGUACCUUACAGAUCCGAACCCAGGGAAACGAAGCUGCGAGAACUACGCCGCAAACACCGAUGCGGAAUCUUCCCAUACGAUUGAUUAGAAGAAACCUGGUUUGCACAUGUGAGAAGGACAAUAGUUUAAGCAGCACAAGUGAUAUGAGCAGGAGUUCUCGGAAACGUCAAAUAAAAGAAACAGAAGGUUUCGAAAUGGCGCUGAGGAAGGUGAAAUUCACAGACGAAGAGACUCAAGCAAUCACACGGAGCAGAUCGUCUGAUUCAUUCAGUACACAAGGUAUAAACUCAAAUUCCACCUCUACCAGAUGGAUAAUCGGCAACGAGGAUGGGGGCGAGAGAGAGGGGGAGAAGAGACGAAGUCUUAGUUCUAGCCCGAAAAAGUUGGCUACGAGGAAGUCACUUCACAUUGUAGAUAGCGACUUCAAAGACUGUCUGCGAUCUCUGAGGAGUGGUAUCAAAUCCUGCUUCUCAGACGAAACACAAGUUCCACAUAUUUUGUUGAAUCAAACUACUAAUGGCGCCGACAGUACAGAAAACAGACAAGCUAGCUCUAGUAUGAAAAGCAAUCACAAUAAUUUCACAAUUAGCGACAAUUUCAAACCAGCCUUCACUAGUACACAAAAUCCAUCAUCAUGUAGCCAUACUAGAGGCAAAACUUCCAGUUGCAAUCACGAAGAACGUUUAACUGCAGAAAACCUGAAGUCAGUUCCAAGAAAUACUUCAAAUUUUGGAGAAAGUCAUGAUGAAAAUGAGUCAUCUGGAAGCGAUGAUGAUGACGAUGAAAGAGUUGAAAUGAUUUCAAUAUCUUGUCAGACAGUUCCUGUAAGGCAUAAGCACAGGUCGGCGCAAGUAUCACAGAACGAAAUUGCAGUACCAACAGGGUCAAAAAGUGACAAUACAGUGCAGUCUUUAACUAGCAAUAGCAGUAACACUAGCCCAAUCACCAUUUCAAAGCCAAGAGCUACACCGAGAUCUAGAACAAUUUCGAAGGGAAAAGUUCCUGGAAACUUCUAUCAAUGCUGUUCGUCUUCAAAAGAAUCGUCAAACUUUGCCGCAAAUUCCAAUUUAGAGACUGUUUUUAAUAUGAAACCAGAUGAUGUCAACAAAAUGAGCGAUGCCGAAUUUUACGAAAAAUUUUGCCUUGAGUACCUCAAACACAAAUAUGAUCCUCACGGAAAACACUGAAAAGCUGAACUUUGUUCAACUUACAAUCAGCUUUUUUGUGAUUGUUGUUUUAGUUUUGUGAUGAUUUCGUGAAUUAAGUUUGAAAAUGA